GACGUCACGGGUCAUGUGACAGCUGCACAGGAAGUGUUUUUGCAGCAGUAAAAUAAUGAUAGCUAGUGAAGUGUAGAUUCACUGUAGUAUUAGUUAACUGUAGUUAUUUAUAUUUCUGACUGCUCGGUAUGGCGGCUAUCGUUAAAGAGACUCAGAGUAUUAAAGAGGCAGUAGCUCACAUCAACGCAAUUGACGCCAAUAAGUUCACCAGACUUCUCUCCCGCAUUCUUCAAAAACUUCAUCUAAAGGGAGAGCGAUCCUUCAGUGAAGAUGAAGAGGAGAAACUUCAAACAGCUUUGGCUAUGGAGAAGCAAGCCCUGCACCUUGUCCUUGAGACUACUUCUUUCUUAUUAGAGCAGGCUGUGUAUCACAAUAUUAAGCCUGCUUCCUUCAAGCAGCAGCUUGAGAACAUACAGGUUGCUCCAGAUAAAGCAGAAGCCUUUUGUCAGGCUUGGGCCACAGCUGGACCAGAUGUCGUAGAGAAGAUUAGACAAAGAAUAUUUGCCCCUAAAAAGUUGGAGCAUGUAGGCUGGCAGCUGAACCUUCAAAUGGGCCAAUCCUCACAAGCCAAGCUCAAGGCGCCGCACGCAGUUCUGGACCUGGGAGUCAGAGAGGAGGACGAAUCAGAGCAUCUGCAGAACGUUUUUGUGGAAUUCAGCCACCAGGAACUGCUGGAGUUCUACAACAAGCUAGAGACGAUUCAGGCUCAGCUGGACUCCCUUACUUGAUGUUCCUGCUGACCUUUGUGAGAGCAAACCCCAUUAUUUCCCAUUGUUAUCUUUUGUAAGUUUGAUCUAAAGUCUGAUCUAAAAAAAAAAAAUAGAUGAUAACCACAGUUUUUCUCACACUUUCAUUAAUUGUCACCUCAUGCACAUGCAACAGUCUGUGGUCUAAAUUGCGUGGAUUGUGUGUGUGUAUAGUCCUCCUCUGUAUGAAUGAGGUGCUCUGCUGCAGAUUUGAAUCAGAGCACAGACCUUGCCUCAAGCAGUUCUCCUUUUUGGAUCCCUAAACUGUGCAAUGGUCAGAAUCUAUUGACUGUGUCUUUACUCCGUAGCAGAGUGCAGGAAUGAUAAUCAUGAAAGUACAUGCUCGCCUAAAGCUCCCCAUAAUCAUAUGCAGCUCGAAGUUUCGUCACUUAAAAAGUGUGAGAGUGUGAAGUCACACUCUUGAUCAGUUACUAAGUGUACUGGAGUGCCUGCGUUAAAUGGCUUUACAGAUUUGAUUUAUGAAAUCCUAUUAAACGGUAAUGUGACGAUGUAUAUAGCAUGUGCUAAUUGGGAUUACGUGGAACUAGAAUUGUUUAAGUUCCUUGUUUGACUCAAAAACACAAAACACUGUAAAGUCUUAAUGUAAAGUAGGGUUGCCUGAUAUUGAGAAAAAAUAUAAUUGCAAUAUUAUACAAUAUGUUGUUCUGUUAUAUAAAUUUUGACCAGAUUCCCUAAGAAGUCAGUAAUACAGCAUUUAAUUAUAAUAUGAAUAUAAUUAUACUAACAUGAAAAAGUAGAGCAAUUAAUUUUUCCUUUUGUAUCAAGCAAGUUGUAACAUGACAUGAAUUAUUUAAUUUGCCUUACAUGAUUUCUGCCCUGUACCAUGUAAUCUUGCAGAGAACUGUUUCUGUGCUACAAUCACUGUGGCAAUCAAGGACCAAACUUUCAUUACGUUAAUAAUUGAUAAUGUUUUGUAUGUGUGUAUCAAUGUGUAUUAAAGCAGCAGUGUGUAAAAAAUG